GAGACGGUAUCAAUCAGUCGUGUGCGGACGUUGGUGGUGAAAACACAGAACGCGCGGGAUUCUUAGCUAGCAAUUCACGACAAGCACCACGCUGAAUUACACAGAUCUCGGAAGUCCCCCCUACGGGGGUGACAUGGACGACAAGUCGGCGUUCCUCGACUACAAUGCGAGGCCGCCGUACCACCCUUACCAGCCGCCCUACCCCUACAACAACAGCUACGCCGGCUAUCACCUUGCAGCCGCUGCGACCAACCCCUACCCGCCGCAGUGUCCAUCGCCUCCAAAAGACGAAAAAUGCGGACUUGAAGAAGGUGGCCUACGGAACAAUGGCAAAGGCAAGAAGAUGAGAAAACCAAGGACCAUCUACAGCAGUCUCCAAUUACAGCAGCUGAACAGAAGGUUUCAACGAACACAGUACCUGGCUCUUCCAGAGAGAGCAGAAUUAGCCGCUUCCCUCGGCCUCACCCAGACUCAAGUUAAAAUCUGGUUCCAAAAUCGACGGAGCAAGUACAAGAAAAUGAUGAAAGCUGCUCAACAGGGUGGUGGCGGUGUAGGGGCCGGAGGUCCCCCGCAUAUGCUAGGGGGCGCAGCGCCAGGAGGGCAGGGGGGCCAAGGGGGCCCCCCGAGUCCGCAGCCGCCCGCGGGUAUGCUGCAAGGCAACGGCAACGGAUCGUCGAGCGGCAGUCAGCCGAGUCCUGGCGGUGCGUUCAUGCCUCACGCCCAACAAGGGGGCCCUCACGGGGGCACCCCCACACCCAGCUCGACCCCAGUCAGCGAAAUGUCACCACACGGUGUUAGCAGCGGAUCGCCACCGCUGGUGGCCCACUGGGACAUGAAGCCGAAUCCGCACCACCAAGCCCAUCCGCACCACCACCCGCAUCCGCCUCACCAUCCACCCCAGUACAUGCCGCAGUACUCCUGGUACCAGACCGAGGCCUCCGCCCCCGCCCCUGCCGGCCUUCUCACGUGAGUCACCUGCCAGAGUAUGGCCUACAGUCUAACGAUAGACUGCCGACUGCCUCUUCUGUUUGUACUGUAAAUACCAACAACCCUCAAAGGACCCUCAGUCUAUCCCAGCUGAUGCGACCAGCUUUACUACCAACUUAAAUGUUUCAAUAGUUCAAUAAGAAAAUCCUCAACAGCGUCGUUGAGAAUGACACAAUUGGUGUAUUUGUGUGAGUGUUUUGUAAAAGUGUACAGACGCAUCAUGUUUAUAGCCGAGGGUUCCAUUCUUCUUUAAGACUUUGAACAUUUUCGCUAGCGGAAAUCUGAGUCGAUCCAAAUUAGAAAAUUGUAUAAUAAAGGUGAUCAGACGUCGACGUUAUGGGGAUAUUCUUCUAGCUUGGAGAAUAUAUUUGUUUUUUAAAUGUUGAUUAUUUGUUAUAGUGAUCUAUAUAUUACCUAUAUACUAUUUAUGUUACACGAAUCUUGUGUAUUGGUAUCUGAGAAACUCUUGAAGUACGUGCGUUAUUCGUUUUAAUGAUGUACCAUGAAAUUUAUAUUAAAAUGGUGAAGAAAUGAAUCUACUGAUAUUUAUGAUCAUAUUUAUGUGAAUUGCAUUCUAAUGACUCAACAUUUUCUCUAUAUUCUUAUUAUAUUAUCACAAUGUUUAUAAAUUGUGUUUUAAUCUCAUUUCUAUUAUUUAAUUUUUCUAUGGGAACGUAGCAUGUAAGGGAUUGGUUUUAUCAUGAGAAAAUAGAUAUGCCUAUGUGAUAUUUACUCAAUUAACUCAAAUCACAGGUUGAAGUAUGUAUUAUUUAUGUAUAUGAAGGAAAAUUUAAAACGAAUUGAAUUCAAUGUUGAAACCAUUGCAAUGUAUUUAUCAUGUGAUAAUGAUUAGAUUUUAAUGGCAUAGAAAUGAAUUUUACGAAAUGGAAUAUUGAAAAAAAUAUUUAUACAGUCUGAUAUAGGUUUGAUACAUUAUAUAAUUAACUUUGUUCCAGAUCUUAUGUAUUUAUUAUGAGAUUUUAAUUCGAUUAACUGCUGAAUUCAUUAUUAUCGUCUUGAUAGUAAUAAUUUCCGUGACAAGAAAAAUGAUAUACAUGGUAAUUAUAUUAAAUUCAGAUAAAAAAAUGUAUUUUGGAACGUUGCCUUCCAACUUAGAAAUAUAAAAAUAUUAACAAAAAAAGUGAAUUAACAAAAAUAGUGAAAUUAACAAAAAAUGCAGCUGGGAGGUUGUUUAUGGAUUCUAGCAUCUGUAGUUUUAAUAAAAUUUAUCAUCCCUUCAUUCCCAAAUUCAGAAUUUCCCGUUUAUUAUCAGUAUUCAUAAAACUGCUAUUACUGAGUAAUAUCACUAUUUAGUACAAAUAAUUGUUAUACAUUAUGUUUUGGAAAAAGAUCUCUUGAAAGCCGAAAAAAAUAUUUUGUUUUGUUUUUAGUGAAAUGCAUUUCAAGAGUGCUUUCAUUUAACUGAUUUCACGUCUCAUCACCUUUAAUUGAUUAGAACUUGGAGUUGGGUCGACUCUGUAAACAUUUAUAAAUAUAUAUAAAUAAUAAAGUUUGUACAUAUUAUAGAAUUAUUCGAAUUGUACAAAACGAUUUCUGAUGAUAAAAUCUAAGACGCUAUGAUGGAAUGAUGGACCACAUCUCAUUUGGUUCGUGAAUAGUAGUCUAUAUUCGUAUUUUAAUAUUGUGUUAAAAAUAAAAAAAAACAAAGUGUAAAAAGUUCAUUGUCAUCAUAUCGUUUGGUUUGGAAGCGUUGUUCCUAAUCCUGUAGACUAUUGAUAAAUAAUAACAUUAUGGUUAAUCCAAAGAGCGAUGUUAGAGCAUUUCAUUACUAUACUAUAAUAAUUAUAAUUAUUUUUGUGUUGCAUUGUACGAAUUUGAUGCAUUAUUUUAUAAAGGUUUAUGUUCAAUUUUCCUGAUACCUUAUUGGGGAAACUAUUUUUGUUGGACAAUUUUAUUGAAUGGACUAGAGUGAACAAUAGUAAUGAAUAAAAGUUUCUCUCAAGCCAUGCUGAUUUUUUCGAAAUUCACUACGAAGGUCCACAAUACGUUUGUAAUAAUACACAUUACUUACUCAACUUUUAUAAUUAUGUGGAUAUUAUUUAGAGAUAUAAUCUCCUAAAAAAUGUUCACUGUUUUAAUAUUUAAAAUGAAAAAAGAUCAUUAGAGAAUAAUAAUAAUUAGCUUUGAAUUGGGAAGAUUUGCAAUGUUAUACUUUGAAAUUUAUAGCCUAAAUGCUUAAAAGGAAAAACCCAUUGUUCUUCAUAAUGUUUUCUAGAUUGAUAUAUUGAUGUAAUUUUUGACUGAGAGUAAGAAAAUUAUGGUGUUGGAGAAUUGUGAUAAAUAUAAAAAUAUUAAUCAAUUUUUUCUAACACACAAAAGAAAAUGAAUCAUUGUAGUCGUAUUUUGUUGAUUUUUCUGCUGUAAAGAUACUUACUUAUUCGUCUGAAUCACACAGUUCAUGUAGUUUCGUUUCAUGCAAGUGGUGAGAUACUUUUGUUUGUUGAACUUUAUAGUAAUUGUUCUCUUAGGUUAUUCUGAUAAGCGAACAUUUGUUCAAAUCUUUUUUGAUUCCACUGAUACAAAUUAUUCGAAUGCAUACACAGAACAAGACAGUGUCAUUUCGUGGUUCAUCCAAUGAGCUGUCAUGAAAUUUAUUUACUGGCUGUAUUAUUUUGUUGAGUUUUAACUCCUGAUAGGCUUCUGUAACAAAUAUUCUGUCAAUAUUGAUUUAUGUUGAUAUGUUUCUCUAACUAUCUUGAUCGAUUUUGAAGAAUUCUCAAAGUUCACAUUUUAGAUUCUCAAUAUUUUCUGUAUCUUCGAAAGUUUAGUGUAAUAAAUUUAUAUUACGAAA